CAAAUUUUCAGCCCCCCCCCCCAACUGCCCAUAAGACAUAAGAGAUAGUCAAAGAAAGGAAAGUAUUUUACACUUCAGUGUAUAUUUGUCCUAAUUUUCUUUCGCAUAUAAAAAUGUGUACAAAUAUUAUUCCAUGAUGUUGCACGAGAAUCUGGCAAUGUCAGUCAACUUGCAAACAGCAAUGGCUGCCCCCAUGAAAACUUAGGAUUUAAUAAUUAACUUACCAUUCAGUAAUGAGUUUGGACUUAGCAUUUUAAACAUGCUUGAAUCAGAAUUUGAGAACAUAAUAUCUCUCAGCAGGUAAUAACUUUAUCGUUUGUGACUAAAGACAACAUUAAACCUUUCCCAAGAAUGGUAUCCUAGCCUUGGCCUCGUAUUUUGAACUUGUAUUUGUAUUAUUAAUUAUUAUUAUUAUUGUUUUUUAGCACUAGUAUUCAGUAACUAGCAGUAGUAGCAGCACCCUUUUUUUUUUCUUUCACUUUUCAGACUGUCAGUAAUAAUAUUAACCAUUUAAAUUUUGAUUUGAAUCAUCAAAAAGAUUCAUUUAUAAUUACUCUUGGUCAUCUACCACUUGAGUGUCCAAACGGAUGAAAACAUUCAUAAUUAAUAAUAUAAAUAUAAUAAUGUUGUUUUGGUUUGAAGUGCUAGUGAUAGUCCUAUCUAUCAUCCUAUGCCUAUGGUUCAUAGUAAGGGCACGGCUAUUUAAAUUUUAAAUAGAUAAUUUUAUGAUCAUAAUAAUAUUCUUUUGAUGAUCCAAAUAAAUGGAAAUAUUUUUUGGCUAAUACUAAUACAUAGAGAUGUCGCCUUGAUGUCAUUUGCGUGUUUAUUAUAGUUGCAGUGAAUUAGGGUUCAGGUUAGGUUUAGUUUAGGCUUAGGAUUCAGGUUAGGUCUAGUGAUAAAUUUUCAUAUUCAUAUAGUUAGGUUUAGUGACAGAAUUAACUGGUUGUGUCAACCAAGAUGGCGGCCAUGUGGUGACAUCUUUAUGCAUUUAUCUGUUUUUUUAAUAAAUUUAAACAAUUUAAUGUAUGACAUAAACAACAGAUUUUAAGUUUAUAUUAUAUCAUUGAUCAUCUCCACAAAAACGAUUGCAGGACGCGCACUUAUAUAAACUGUCUUUUCAGUUUGUGCUUUGUGUGCAUCCUUAUAUUUUCAACAGUCUGUAUGUAGAUACCAGUGUCAUUCGGAUUGACAAAGUUUUGUUGAUGAACAAAAAUGGAGUGUUAGUAGAUUCCAUAUCAUGUCAAUGUCUGAUCUGGUUUAUGUUUGCAUAAGCCGCCCAUCCGUCUGAUACAAUAAGUGAGCCUGGAAAUAUAUAUCUCUCUAUGCACUCCUGUAACGUGAUCACAUGAUGGUCUGGCACUUCAACAAGACAACAGUGCCCAUUAACAUUCUCCCUUUCUAUGUCACCAGAAAUCCAGUGCUAUUAAUAGUCAUUAAUAAUAAAGGAAUAACUGUUUAAAUAGCACUUCAAACUGGACCCACAUGAUUUUUUUCACAAUGGGUGCUAAAGUGGUAGAUUAAUGUACUUUUAACUUAGUGUCUCUUUAUUGUAAUUGUAAGCUUGAUGUUUCCACCUAUUCUACCACUGUUGCCAUCUUUGUUGCCAUGAUGGCAUCUGUCAUGGCUACCAAGACGGCAAGCGUGUAAAAAAUAAAGUAAUGCUAUAACAAAUGUCUGCUCAAAUGGGAGGGGAAAGAAAGAGAAUGUUACUGUUAUAGCUUCUUACAGAAACAAAAUAUGAAUAAUUCAUUAAAAUUUAAUGACCGCCCUUGCGUAAUUUCAGCUGGUACGGUACAUUAAUUUUGUGGUGAACGUAGCAACUUUAUUUGACCAUGUACUGUUAAUGUUUCGUACCAGGAUGAUCGAGUUCCCUUUUGUUUAUUCUUGGAUUGUUAUAAGAGUUCACUUUAAAAAAAAUUAUUAUUAAUACACCAAUGGAAUGUUGUAAAUAUUUCAUUAAGCAGUUAAUUAUGAUAUUUAAAAACGAGGUUAAAUAUUUUUGCACACGUGUGUAAGUUGAAGGGAAAGAGCGACUACAGGUCGUUGACACUUCUUGACACUAUAUAUAAAGGGAUACAAUAAAAUUGUUAUGUUCACUAUGAAAUGGUGGAGCCUGGAAUAAAGUGCUUAAAAGUAUAUUCUAUGAAAAUGAAAUUUGGGGUUUUAAUAUUUUAAAGUGCUUUAAGUUGAGGGAAGGGGCAAUUGCAGGUUAUUGAUACUUCUUACCAGAUAUCUAGAGGGAUACAAUAAAUUUGCUACAUUUGCCACGAAAUUUAUACAUGAGGAAGGAAGCAUUCAUAGUGAAUUAUGCUUAGUGUGGUUUGGGAUCUACCCAUCACGUAAUAUGCUUAGGGCGCGUCUUGUCCUACCCAUCACUGGUAAAAGAAGUUAUCUAACUGCCCCUUAUAAUUUUAUUUUAGAAUGAAUGUGGUGUCACUUUUUAUUCUUUGUUGUUUGCAAAGUGUAGAUUGCAUGAUUGCAGUCUGAUACUGGUAGUAAAUAAAAGUUAUUUAGUAAGUUCACCAGCAUAUGCUUUUAGUAACUACCCCACAAUGCACAUGGAUCACUUUGACAAUUUUUGGUACAAUGGAGAAACUUUGAACUGCAACUUAAAGUGAUACUGGUAUUAAGCAAUAUGUCACUCUCAUUUUUCUGUGCAGAACAGCUGGGAAUGCAUCAUAGAAAGCAAUAACCAGUUUAAAACUUGAUUCAUAACAUCCAUUACCGGUUUGACCAAAAGUAAUAUAAAUUAAUUAAUUAAUCUCCCUACAUCAAUUUAUAAAUAAGCCUUAUUCCAUACUUUAUUUGGUCAUUUACGUUUAACACUUCACUACUGAGUUUCUGAUGAGUGACCUCCCUUUUGUUAAGUAGCAGAUUGUAACUAGUGUUAACUAUUUUCUUUUUUAAUAAUAAUACAAAUAAUUUUAAUUGAGGGCUUUUUAAAUAAGAUUUCAUAGCUUGGUUAAUUAUAAUAUUUUAAAGCAAAGCUAUUUAGCUGGCAUGAGACCUGUCUGUCUAAUCAUUUUGAAAAAUGGAUUUUGAUAUUUCUGGCAUCUUAUGGGUUUUAUUUUCAUAAUAAAGAAUGUAAAAGUGUAUACAUGGUUUUAGGGCUUAUUUUAGGUAAUUGAUUUUAUGUUUGAAGAUGUAUGCCUGAGUGAAAGGAGACUAAACUUAGGUUUCAAGAUUUACACUUAAGUUAGAGUUUUUGCGUUCAGGACGUUUAGCAUUCCCUUUAGGUAGAGUUGUAGAAUGUAGGUUUGAAGGUUACUCUUUAAAAAAUGUUUAAUUGCCGGUACAUAUGCAUUUUUUUUUAAAGCUAAUUAUUAAAAUUUAUUUUCCUUUAUAAAAUUUGUUGAUUUUUAACUUUUUCCAAUUACUUAUAAAAUGUUCUUUAAUAUUUUCACUCUUAUGUAAUGGAAACUUCAAAUAAUGUCUUUUAAAAAAUGUGUUUGUUUAAAAAAAAAACCUUUCCUAAUAGUUGUUGUAAGUCACUAAAACAAGACAUACUCUCCUUUACCCUCCCCAUUUUAUGAGACACAAGCAUGUUUUUUUUUGUUACUUAAAGAUAAAUGCUUAAAAAAAUUGAGUCGUUUUUAAGUUUAAAAAUAUUAAUGGAGGAAUCUGUCAACAUCUUAAUAUUGCUAUAUAAUUUUUAAAGUAAAGGCCAUAAUUUUUUUUUAAAGUAAUUUUAAGUUUUCUAAUGUUAUACUUGAAUUUUUUAAAAUUAAUUAUUGUAACUGCAAUAUAUUAAAAAUAACUGACAAAAUGAUUUUUUUUCCCCAGAUGUCCAAAUUAUGUUUGUUUUCUACCCUUGAUCUUGUAUUUGCCUAUUGGUCUUGCACUAGGCUUGAUAAGGGUGGGGAUCUUUCUUCAUGUUUGCCUGCUGUCCUACAUCUUACCUGCUAGUUUUCCAUUUAAAUGGUAAGAUUUACAUAGGUUAAGACUUGUUUUACGCUAUCUAUAUUGACAUCCUAAUUUUACAGCAAUAUUUUUCUUUAUGAUUUAAUGAUGUUUAAAAACUUAAAUACAUGAUCAUUCUUUUUUUAUAAAAUUAUUUACGAGUUCAAAGCAGAGGCAGUUUUGGGUAUAAAAUGACAGCAUGGCUGCUUAAACUCAUGAAAGUUGUUUAAUUUUAAUUUAUCUGCAGUAUAAUUCUGCGGGCUAUGUUGUCAGUUGCUGGUCUUCCUAUAUCUACUCAAGGGGCCAUUCACACAGAUAACAAAAAGAAAAUCCUUAUAGCAAAUCAUGUGACAAACUUAGAUCCAUUUAUUCUUGCCCUACUGUAUCCAAGUAUUCUGGUAAGGAACAGCCAUUAUUGGUGAAUUUUUCCAUACAAGUAAUGGAUAACAUUUAAUCUGUUAUUUUUAAAUAAAUGUGUAAAAUUUACAUCUUGUGUGAUUGUAUCAAAAUUUAAAUUAGUAUUGAAACUGAUAAAAUUUAUGAGAGUAUCUAUUUUAUUUCUAAAGCAUUAUAUUUUUUGUUUUGUUUGGUAGAUAAUCUGUUCUGACAUUUCAAAUUUCCUAAAGGCACACCUGUCUAUUUCAGACCUUUGAAAGUUCCACAUGGCCAUCUCAGCAACAUAAUUCAAAGCAAUUUGUCCUACCAACUGACAAAAGCCAUAAUGAUGUUCUAAAAAAUCUGAAAGAGAAAGUGGAAGGUAUUAUUUCAGUUAAUCUUCUUUAUUUUUAAUUAUUAUUUUGCCUAGAUGUACCAUGUAGUUUUUAUAAAAUAAAUCUUUCAUUACCAUAAGUAAAAAUGACUCGAUUUCACUUUAAAAAAUAUCAAUGGAAUUUGCUAUAAUUAUAAUGUUGAUCUUUGUUAUCUUCAAUUGCUCCCAAAAUCUAUUUAACCAGAGCUUGGCAACCUACAGCACACCUUCCAGAUGUGGCAUGCAGUUGCUGCAGAGCAAUUUUCAGUAAUACAAAGAAGACCAAAAAAUUAAUAAUAAAUUACCUAAAAAUAUAGUAGAUCAAGUAGAUUUAUAGGUUGUUGGCGCACUGAAUAAAUUAAAAAAUCUCAUAUAGCACGGUAUUACCAAAAGGUUACAGUUACAGAACCCUGUAUUAAUCUACCGGUACAUAUUUUAUGCCUUUUAUGAAUGUUCUAUCAUUUUGGCUUUUAAGAAGAUUGUGUCUGAGAUUGACAGUAAGAAACCAAUGAAAUUUUUAUUGAUGUUUUUUUAGCUUUAGUGUUUGGACCAUUUGAUCAUUAUGUUUUGCAUCUAUGUUAAGGUCUUUGAAUUAAAUAGCAGUAAAUAAUUUGUACACAUUAAAAGAAGGUUUAGGCUGGCUUAUUGGUUUUUUUUAGACAAGGCUGUCACAUUUAUGCAGCUCAUUUUUACAGUUAAAUUAUUCAUCAAGUAAUAUGUUAAUUAUUUCAACCAGUUAGUAAUGACACAUGGAUAGAUUUUUUAAUGUAAAGAAAAUGUAUGGAUUAAUGAAGUAAUUUAUUAAUUUUAUCAUCAGAAAGCAAUGAACCUCUACUUUUUUUCCCUGAGAAGAUUAGAACCAAUGGAAAAUCUACUUUAUUGAAGUUCAGGUUGAUAGCAAACUUUUAUUUUUUAAACAUUCUGAGACUCUAUAUUAAUUUAAGCCCAUUGCUGUUGUCGGUUUUAAAAAUAUUAAUGAACUGAUGACAGUAAGACAGUAAAUUCUUUUAUUUUCUUUAAAUAAAAUGCUAUUGGGUCUAAAAUGUAUCAUUAACUAGAUUGAUUGUAAUCAACAUCAGUUAAACUGACCUCUAGCUCAUUAAUUUACAUCAUUAAUCAAAUAAAUGAAAUGUACUGUACAUUCAUAUUGAAAUAUUUUAUCUUAGCCCACUGCCAUUUGAAGUUGAUUACCCAAUUCAACCUGUAAGUAUUUUAUAAAUUACCAAACCUUUGUUGUCUAAAAAGUUUAGCGCUAUGUCAACUAAAUGUAUUACCUUAUCAUGAGCAAAAUGAUGUCAGACAGGCAAGAUCAGAGAUUGGAACCUUGAAAUCCUCUGCCUCCUCUCAUUCUUCAUAUUUAAAUUUAAACCAUUAAAAAAAAAAACAACCAAUUUUACCAUUCUUACAAAAUAAAUAUUGAUGGCUUUUCAAGACACAUUUUAUGCAGUGUAUGUCCUCAUAGAGGUUUGUCUUAAAUUGUUAAUUAUAUUUUUCAUCAAUAGGUGACCAUUCAAGUUCACAGAUAUCUCUUUGACAUCAAUGUGGUAAAUUAAACGCCCUUGAUUAUGAUUUGUUUUUACUUAUUUGAAGUGGCAAUAUUACAAUCUAUUAACAAAUAUGCUUGCUAGUUUCUUCAUAUGUUUAACCACAGACCACAAGGUGCCACCAGUUAUAUUUACACAUUUUGCUGUUGCAUAUGUUAAUGUUUUGCUAAAAGUUAAGACUUAAUGUUUAUUGGUACAAGAUAAUGAACUGUGCUGGUACCGUACCUGUAAUAAUUUUCCUAAAAUAGGUUUUGAUAAAUUUUUAAUGUUCUUUCUGUGUUUCCAGUCAACCUAUGCAAGUUCAUUUUAUGAGGAUUUGAUUUGGUGCCUGCUGCUUCCUGUCACAUGUUUCAAGAUUAAGUGGGUUGAAAAUUAUUACAUUUAAGCAGAGAAUGUAGAAAAUUUCUUUGAAUUGUUUAUUGAGAGAGAUGUGGUGAAUUUCUAUUGAACUUGUAUUCCUGCAUUGUUAAACCCAACAUCUUUCUUAUUCAAACUUGCCAUAAAAAUAAAACUUAUUUAAAAACUAGGUGUUUACCCAUUACGGAGAGGAAGAAAGAUGAAAGUCGGGAAGACUUUGCAAACCGUGUUCAGUCCAACAUGGCCAAAAGUUUGGGGUUUAAUUCAUCUUCUUACAGCUCCUAUGAUGUCAAGGACUUUAUCAAAAAAAGAAAAUUAUCAGACAAAGGUAAUCCUCGAUAAUAGGAGUUUAGAUACUGGGUAUCCAAAAGUAAGAUAAACUCUGUCUUUAUUUAUGUUAAUAUAGAUCAUAAAGAUAAAUUUAUAUCCUAAAGAUUAUGAGCUAUAAGAUUUCAUUAUGUGAUGUCACUAUAAAUAAGUGGUUUGCUGUUCAUUCUUAAAUAUUAUAAAAUUAGAGCACAUAUUAUCUUUCUAUAGCAAUGGUAUUUUCAAUUCAUCAUUGAAAUAUAUUAUAAUUUUAUUAUUAUUUUUAAAUUAACAUAUUCCAUCAAUUGAAAUUUAGGUUUGGCAAAUUUUCAUAAUUAUUGUGCUUCCGGUAAAAAAAAUUUAAAAAUGUAGAUAUCCAGCCUUGUGUUUUCUUGGUCCAAUAUGUGUUAAUGUGAUAAGGAAGUUGCCAUUGUCAGAAGCUACCCUUUAAAAAAAAAAUUCCACCAUUUUGAUAUUGCAGCAUUGCAACAUGAGCAGAAACAUGAAGCUCCUCGCCCCAAGCAUAUCACAGCAGAACCUGUUAGUGAGGAUGAUGAGCUGCAGCGAAUGGUCAAACAAGUCAAAGAUGUUCUCCCUGACACACCCACACACAGUAUUCUCACUGACCUUAGUAAGUUGACCAUUGGCAUUAUUCAAUCAUUGGGUUCUGUCUUUAAUGUAGAAAAUAAAACACAAGUUAAUUUUUAGAUGAGUUAUCUAAGCAUUUUUUUCAUUGAAUGCCCUUAAAAUUUAAAAAGUAAACAAAACAUGAGCUAUUUGUUUUAACAAAUGCAUAUAAAAUAUACUAAAUGAUGCUGUACUGACAAAAAAAUUUUUUUAAGCUGGUGAAAAUGUUCCUUGUAAUACCGGUACUAACAGCCAUUAGAGCACUGGGCAUAAGUUACAAAAACACAUUACAUUUUUGUCAAGAGAUAAGAGAUGCACAAGAAAUUUUUAAAGACGCUUUUGACUAGGCAAUCUGGAGCUUACUAUUUGGUGCGCUCUUUAAAACCAAUUUUUUCCCAACUGCUAGCUCUCAUCAUGACAUUCCAAGAAAAUAAUCAUUAAAUAAUUUUCCCGGUCAUGUAAACCAGGAAAAUGGGCAAUCUGGUUUGAAAAUUUUCCGGCUAGGUCUGCUAUUUUUUAAUUUGAAAAAAAAAAUCAAUAUAUUAGAAUUCAUUGAAAAUUAAUGUCAUCUAUUUUUAGCCCUUCUGUUAUCAAAAGAACAUUGAAACAAUGCUAGUCGUUUCCCAUUAACUGCUCAGACUUUGUCAAAGAUCCAGCUUUACCAAGGGCUACCCUGGUUGCUUGGGGCCAUCCAUAUAUUAAUAGGGUGGAUGGGGAGAGCAUUGCUGUUGACUAUUCUGGCUGAAGAAUAGAAGUAGAAGCAAUUAAAAAGUUUCAAAAUGAGCUAAGAAAUGCAAAGCAAAAAAAAAAAAUGGCAAAAAGACAUAAUUUAAAGCACCGGUACUCCUGCAUCAGGUGCAACAGAAACUGACACACUAGAAACAGACUCUCAAGUCACUCCCAUAGGUGUUAAUAUUAAACUACACUAUAUCAUCUCAUGAAGACAGAUAGAAGCUAAUUAAUUCUCAACUCACCAUUCAUAUUAUUGUAAGAUUUGUGGAUCGAUCAACAUGUUUAUUUCCAUUUCAAUAAGCAACAUUUAUUAAUUAUCAGCCAUUUGCCGAAGGCUGUAAUUGAAAUCACUUUUGGAAAAAAUAAGUACACAAACUCAAAGUAGACCUAGACAAUGACCAUACUAACUUAUGCAUUUUUAAUUUCUAGAAAAAACAAGGGAUGUGGAUGUUACGAUCACCAAUAUCCUAGAAGGAAAAAUCAGUCCAUCAAAACCAGAUGUUGCCGUACCACGUUCCAUGGUAAGAUGAUCCAUAAAACUCUCAGGACACAUUAGAUAAAAACAGCUAACUUAUACCAUGAAAUGAACAAUUUGCUGAAGCACUAAUUCUUUUUUUUUUUGUUUACCUUUGAUAUUUUGCAGACCCCUGCAUAUUUCAUCAACAUUUUCAUUAUGUUAAUUAAACCAUGUUAAUGCAGCAAAAAUAUAAUUUUAAUGAAAAAGACUCCAAAAUAAAUUUGACUGAAUUUUUUAAAAAGAAAAUAUGACUUUGAGGAAAGAUUAAGAGCCAAAGAUCUGUGGUGCAUACAUAAAUAAAAAAUUUUAUUAUUAUUAUACAUAGCAGUAUUAGCAGUGGGGUCAGCAGCCAUUUAUGGCAAGGGUCUACAAGGAACGCAUCCCUUUUGAUGCUAGUUAUUCAUCACUAUUCCCUUGAACUAUUGAGAUGACAUAUUCAAAAUAGAAUAUGUUAUUGUUAUUUACCUUUUUAUUAGGACUGAAAUAAUUGCCACCAUGUGUCAUGUAUUCAAUUGAAAUAACGAUAGAAACAGGGUAGGAAUCAUAAUUACUCCUAUGUUGCUGAUGACGGAUAUGAGGUGGGUAGUGGCAACCUCAUUUGUCACUUAAUUGUCACAUUGGAGAUAGCAUUGGUGGGUCGUGGAGCACAAGCUCAUAAUUACCACCCCCCCCCCCCCCCCAUGCCUGGCCACCAGACCACGCGAAAGCUCGCUGGGAACCUCCCCCCUGGCCUGGGGACGUCUGGUCGACCAAAAACGCUGCGUUUAAAGCGUUCACAGGCCACUCUCCUUGGGUCUGAGCGGCUUUGCUUUCUCUCCUGGGAAAAAGUGUUGCAUUACUCCCUCCACCACCCAGGGAGUUGUACGGCUAGGACGAAACGGUCGCCUAGGAGCGGCUCUCUCAGAGCAUCGUAGUUAAAAUCAUCAGUAUGGGUUUUAACCACCACCCAGACCUCAUAUCCAUUAACGGCAACAAGGAAUCAUGUUAUUGCUUACUUCCGUUGCGUUGGAAGUCAUGCAAGUGGCCCGGGUUUUUAAGCUCGGGAGGACAGAGCCUCCCUACUAGUCUACAACGCCACGAAGAGGCAAAACCCCAUGUGGAAUCCUCCAAGUUUCCUCGAAGAUGCUCCGCUUCCGUGGAUAGGGCAACCUCAUUCAAAUGAUUCUAUACACACAGCCAUUGAGGAAGCUCUUCCUAGGCAACCUCUUCAUCCCAGCUUCCUGGUGAACUAUUUACUAGGUAGAAACUCACUGUAGAAAACCCUAGUGGAGUGCAUCCGACGCUUCUCCGGUAUGGUUGGGGGAGAUAUUAGGACAAAAAUGUGGCAUCCCGACCCCGGGGAAAGUCAAUUGGACUGGAUAUCCUUGGGCUGAGAUUGCCCCCCUAAAGCUAGUCAAAGGAGUGAAGGUACGGGCAUGAGUUGACCUAGCAGGAGGAGAUCUCCAACCGGCCGCUUCACAGCCCGAUAUUUAGGCGAAUUUUCAAGGGUUGCUUUGGGGAGGGCACUAAGAGCUUUGACUUGAUGGACUCCAAUUUCUUAAGUACAUAUUAGGAUUGAAAGAUAAGAGGACAGAAAUAUUACUGCAGAGACAGUUUGUUAAUGAGCACAUAUAAAAAAAAUUUUUUAUCAACAGCAUGAAAGCCUUUCCUUUAAAGCCAGUAAAUUUGAGAGUCUAGCUUUGGCACGACAGCUGUCGUUUGCUGAACGUAAGCAAGCUAUGUUGGAAGCUGCAAGACUGAAGUACCGAGUCAAACAUGGGCUUUAAUAACAACAUGGAAGAAAACAAUCAUCCAUUGGAGAAAUCACUUUCUUUGAAAUAGACAGUUAUGUAAAAUAUAAAUUUGGUAAUAAGUAUGUCAAGCAAAAUAUCUUGUAAUAAAAAUUAAGCAUAUGUUUUGAUUUAUAUUUAUUCUUAUUACUUUAUUUUUCAUUUACAAAGCUUUGAAGAAUUUAUUGUGGUGUGUCCUUUUAUAAUUGUAAUACUUAAUUAAUUCAAAUUAAAGAGUUCCAAGUUAUAGUUCAUGAAAUUUUUUAAAACGAUAAAAUGGUUAGAUUGGUGUACAGUACAAGUAAUGCAAAGGGCAUCUGGGCUGGGAGUGCCUUAUAUUUUUCCUUGUGUUUUUAGAUCAGGAAUUUAUAUAUUUAAACUUUCUUUAAUAAUUCACUAAUGCAUAGGCUUAUUUAUGUGUUAGUAACUUCAUGUAAGACAAAACAAAGUAAUAAUGGUUUUGGCUAUAAGCCAUCUUGAGCAAAAAACAUGCAUUGGAACCUGUGUAUUUGUUAACCCAGGGCUUUUUAACUCAUGUGUGGCAAGAUUUUGUUGUAAAGAACAGAAUUUAAAAAAUUUUUUGGGGGGGAUAAUAAUUUCCUUCAUUGUUGCUCACCACCAAAACAGCUGAUUUUUUAAAAACAAAGUACGUGGUGUGUCGCAGAAUUAUUGCAGUUAGUUACAGUGAUUGUGUCAUAAAUAAAAGAGGAAAAGAUUAUUAUCCAUCAGAUAUUAUACAUAUAUCGGUAUGUAUAUGUAUAUACACAUGCACACACAUGUAUUUAUGUUUACUGACAUAAAUUAAUAUAUUUAUAUUUCGUACAUAAAUCUUCAACUUAGUUGUUCACUGACAUAAUUUGUUUUUUUGUUGCAUGUGUCAUGGGGCACUUGGGUAAUAAGGGGAGAGACUGCAAUCAGGUUAGCACAAUAUGAAAUGAGUAAAACAAAUGAAAGGUUAAACCUGAAAAAGGAACGUAACAAAACAACGAACGUGUCGGCAGGAAGCCUUUCGUCAGCGAAUAAAACAACAGAAAAAACAGAAUAAAAUUAAAACUUAAAAAUAGCACUUAGCUUAGAAAUAGUAUCUGAGAGGGCAGCAAACGAAUUCAUGGCAACAAAACAUGAAAGGCUUUGCUCAACAAAAUAUUAUACUCUCUUUAUUUCACGCCAACCUAAAUUAUUAUUGUUCAGAGGUUGCCAAUCCAAAUACAUCAUGUUGGACUUUGUCAAAUAGGCUCUAUGUGCCCAUGUGAACUUUAUGAAAUGAAGAUAACUAAGGUAAAAUCAACAGUGCAAAGCAAAAUUUGCUGAUGGUUAAUGAAAACAUUUUUAUUCACUUCAAUAUCAAUUGUGGUGCUAUUUAAAAUAGAAAACAUUAAGACAGGCCAAACAUAUUCUUUUUCUACAUUUGGUUUCUAUACUUUGAAAAAAAAUAUGUAAGUUAUUGUAGCCAAACAUUGACUAGUCAAGUUAUUCCACUUCUUAUUCAUCCCAAAUUUUGUUUUUAUAUUAAAAAUCUUUCCGGAAAAUGCCCCAGGAUCUGCUGUAACUUGUGAAAAGGAAAUAAAAAAAAGCCACUAGCUCAGUUUUCUUGUCUUAUAAUCAAUGGAGACUGGCUACUUUUUCACAGCCCACCCUGUAUAAACAUAUUUGACUUUAAUUAUAAAUUCAUUAUGUUGAAAAUGAAUUCCCUGUAAGAUGUUACCAAACAUGUAUGGGUGUACAAAAAAAAAUAUGUACACAAGUAAAUUUCAGACAAUAAUUGCAUUUUUUGUGUGAAAUAAGUAUAGCCUAAGUACAGUUUUGGAACUGGGCAAAGCAGAACUCAUCACACAGAUGUGUGCUUUGCAACACGCACCCAAAUUUCAAAUACAGUUUAAGAUCUUUACCACACUGGGCCUCUGUACCACACUGAAAACAAUUUUUUUUGCAUCCUAGGUGGAAAACUCUACAAUGUUCCACAAAAGUUCCAGGAACAUCAAAACAACCAGCAGCAGGGACCUCCAGUUGUUCCCGAAAUGGGAAACUGGCUUUGAUAUGUGGUGGGCCAUGCCCUGGUAAAAAAUGUAUGCUACCUCUUGCAUAAAACAUUCAUUAAGUGGAACUCUCCACCUCUUGCGACUGUUUCUGCCAGUAGGAUAGCAUACCAGUUGAUCACGUAUGUCUACACCACCCAUAUUGGCAUCAUAGAUCAGUACAAGUCGUGUACUUAAGUUCAAAAAAAAAAAAAAUUGUCAAAAUAAAAAUGAUGUCUUUUAGUUUUAUUUAAAUAAGGUUCCUAAAUUUCUAAUGACAUUAUAAACAGUUAAUUGGGCAUAACAAUGUCAGAUUACCAAUGUAAAAUUCAAAGUCCACAAGAGAUGUUAAAGUUGAGUCACAGCAGCACACACUUUUCACCCAAUGGGUAAAGCUUCCUUUCAAACAUUGCUUACCCAAUGGGUAGGGCUUCCCUUUCAAACAUUGCUUAAACUUAAAGGAUAGCAAACCUCUGAAAGGAAUCAGUGCUUUAUCAAAGUCCUUUGAAUGAAUAAGUUGCCUAACACUAUCAAGUGGCGCUAACUGUGAGCCUUGAUGUCUAAAUCAAACAGUUCUUUGAUAUAUUUAUAGAAAGUACAGUUUGGGUCUUGGGCAGCAUCACUUAGUUCCAAAACAGAAUCCUUUUGGAAAGAAACCAAUAUUUCUCCAGACUUGAGCCCUUUAAGAAUAUUGGAUUUAGUUUCAUUGGCUUGCUUGCUGAGCUGCUUCAAGUCAUCCAGCUUUUGACCAAGUUUAGCUAAAAGGUACAAAAUGACAUUUUUGUAAAAUCUUUAUUAUUAUUUUCUUUAACAAUGAAGUGUAUAACUCCACAAAGUAAUUACAAUUAUCAUCACAAUGAAACCUGUGAAUGGAACAAACCCUGAGCACUGAAGCGGACAUGGUGCUAUUGGAGGGAAGGUGCUAUUACUAUUUGCGGGUUCAGCCAUAACAAUGAUCAUGCAACAUAACUUGAAAGAAGAGGACAUCUGCACAUUGAAAAUAAUAAGAAAUGAGAAAAGAAACAGAAAGUGCAUGCAUUUACAUGAAUCAAUCAAUUUAAUUCUCAAGAUAUGAAAGAAUGUAUGGUGUAAUGGUCAAUAGUGUGCAAAAUAAAGUUUCUGAUAACUAAGCUAUAUGAGAUUCUCAAAUAUACAGCAAGUGCAUCUGGUGCAUAAUUUUUUCUUUUGGUUUUGAACAGUGCAGGUAGUCUCAAUUUAAAUAAGAUGUAAUAAAUCUGCAAUGUAAAAGAGGGGUGGGACAUAAGAAUAUAAUAUAGUUUAGGGUGCAGUGGCAUUUUGAGGGGGGGGGGGUGGUAAGCACUAAUUGGGAUUCUAAUAAAGUGCAUUACUUAUUACUUGCAUGCAUGUUUUGUAGAUGGGAAGUUCACCAAUUUUUUUUCGGGAUAUAACUAGUGUAUAAUAACCACAGAACAAUGAGACUUGGCAUAUGAGACUUAAACAUUCUUCAUGCAGUUCAAGUACAUGUAGCCAAUAGGUUUUGACAAAUCUGUUAUGAACAACUUAACACUAGAUUAAAUGUGUAUUGCAGUAAUAUCGUUGUCUUGCAAUCACUAUGUGUUAGGAAGAUUUACACAUGAUAACCACAGUUCAUUCACAACCCUCGUGGCAUAACUAAUGACAAAAUGCCGUUUCAUCAUGACUUAAGAAACACACAGCUUGAUAGCAAGCAGACAGAUUAGAGACCCAAAGGGUCUGCGCUAGACCUUGUGUAUGAUGUAAUUCUGCACCAACAUGGUGAGGCAUGUGCUAUUCGCAUGGGUAAACACGCUUUUAUCCCAUAGAACCCUUGUGCAUUUCAUGUUUGACAGGAUUUGCGCUACUUCAAGGUGUUUUUUUGUUGUUGCGUAUUUGCUAUUUCAAAGUACCCGGUACACUAUUCACUGGUUUCACUUUACAUAUUUUAAUUUGAUUGCAAGGAGCAAAAGUCAAUUUUUGUGUACCGGUACCAUCCUUAUGAAAAUAGUUUCAGUGAAAAUUAUGUUUGAGCUUACAUUUAGCUAACCAUGCUGCAACACAUUUCCUCAAUAUGAGAUCAGCUUGAUGAAUUAAACUUGAAGAGCACUGAAUGCGAUUUUUUGAACUCUCAUCCUCACACGAUGGUUUAGCAGGUUGGACAGGAUUAAUAAAUGCCUUUUCUAUACAAGACAUUAUCUGUUCUCUGUAAGGGAAAGCGAAAUUACAUUUUGAUAAUGGAAAAAAUUAUUUCUUCUCAAUUACUUUAUUAGAGUAGAGCUAAGUAAACAGAUGUUUCAUAUUAGAAUUGUAGCAAACCUGUGAGAAAAAAAAUGUAUCCUCUAAAAGAAAAGAAAAAAUUCUGCUCCCAGCUUACUACUUUAGAACAUAAAGCAAACAGUCAGGGCAGCCAUGGAAAAUAAUGGCCCAACUUGGGAAUUACCCAGAAGGUAAAUUUCCUGGAACUUCUCCUAACCAAGCCGAUAUUGAAAUUUAUGCUGAAGUGGACAGGGUGAUGUCUCUUUUGCUAGUCUCUAUGAAGAACCCUGCCCUAGCCAUUUCUCCCUUCAUAACUAGUCGGAAGGCUGACUUCCAACAAGAAUCGAAUCAUCCUUGACACAUAUGUGUGAUC